CGCCGUUUCUGUUUCCUGGCCAUGGGCCCGCGGAGCCGUGAGCGUCGGGCGGGAGCAGUACAGAGCACCAAUGACAGUAGCGCCCUCAGCAAGAGCUCUCUGGCCUCGCGCGGGUACGUGGACGAUGCGUUCGCCUCGCUGCUGGUUCCGGCGACCGCGCGCCGCGCGCCCCUUAUCCACCGGGGCUACUACAUCCGCGCACGCGCCGUGAGCCACUGCGUGCACGCCUUCCUGCGGCGGACGAGCGCUUGCCCCGACGCGCCUCGCGCCCAGAUCCUGUCUCUCGGCGCAGGCUCGGACUCACUGUAUUUUCGGCUCAAAGCUUCAGGCCUUCUGGCCCGGGCCGGUGUCUGGGAAGUGGAUUUCCUGGAGGUGGCGCGGCGCAAGGCGGAGAGGAUCGGGGAGACGCCGGAACUAUGCGCGUUAAUCGGGCCUUUUCAAAGGGGGAGCCCCGAGUCGGCGCUGUGCUUUGAGAGCUUGGACUACCGAAUUCUGGGCCUGGACCUGCGGCAGCUGCGGCAACUGGACGAGGCCCUGGACGCGGCGGGCCUGGCCGCGGCCGCACCCACGCUGCUUCUGGCCGAGGCCGUGCUCACCUACCUCCAGCCCAGCAGUGCCGCAGCCCUCAUCGCCUGGGCUGCGCGGCGCUUUCCUAACGCCCUGUUCGUGCUGUAUGAGCAAACGAAGCCGCACGAUGCCUUUGGGCAGGUCAUGUUGCAGCAUUUCCAGCAGCUGAAUUCUCCCCUGCACGGCCUGGACCUCUUUCCUGACGUGGAGGCGCAGCGGCGCCGCUUCCUUCAAGCUGGCUGGCCGGCCUGCAGUGCCAUGGACAUGAAUGAAUUCUACCGCUGCUUUCUCCCUGCUGAAGAACGCCUGCGCGUGGAACGUCUGGAACCCUUUGAUGAGUUUGAGGAGUGGCAUCUGAAGUGCGCGCACUAUUUCAUUCUGACAGCUUCGAGGGGAGACGCCCUCUCCCAGACUCCUGUGUUGCCUCCCUCAGAGGCAUUUCCUCGGGUCGACCCUGCUUCGCCCUCAGGGCUCCUUGCUGCCAGAGUGGUCACUAGUGGCAGCCAGGGUUCAGACCUUAAGAGAUAUGGCCACGCCUCUGUCCUCUUGAGCCCCGGAAUUGUCCUCAGUACGGGAGGAUUUGGAGAACAGGAAGGACGGCACUGCCGAGUGAGCACGCUUCACUUGUUCUCAAAAUACCGUCAGGCUGAAUGGCAAAGCACCCGCAUAUGUGGUUGCGGGACUGGACUGCAGUGGGAUGGACGCCUUUACCAUACCAUGACAAGACUUUCGGAUACUCGGGUUCUGGUCCUGGGAGGGAGACUGUCCCCAUUAAGUCCAGCCUUGGGGGCUCUCCAACUUCAUCUAUGGAAGAGUGAGGAUAAUAGCACCGAAUCCCUGAAUGUGACAGUAACAAAAGUUGGCUCAGAUUACACUUUGUCACGUUGGCGGCAUUCAGCAACAGAAGUGUCUUAUCAGAAUGAGAAACACUUGUUUGUGUAUGGGGGUCGGAAUGUAGUGGAACCAGCGCUAAGUGACUGGCAUUUCCUACAUGUAGGAACAAUGGCUUGGGUCAGGAUCCCAGUGAAAGGGGAUGCUCCUGAAGCUCGCCAUUCCCAUAGUGCCUGCCCUUGGCAAGAGGGAGCCCUUAUUACCGGAGGUCUUGGAGCUUUUGAAGAGCCUUUAAAAUCUAUAGUCUUCCUGAGACCAAUCUCUGGAGGAUUCCUGUGGGAAUCAGUAGAUAUCCAGCCUCGCAUUACUCCAAGGUACUCCCACACAUCUCAUGUAUUCAGUGGACAGCUUCUGCUGGUCGGAGGGGUCUGGAUUCAUUCCUCCUCAGUUCCUGGAGUGACUGUUAUCAAUUUGAGUACAGGGUUGAGCACUGAGUAUCAGAUUGAUGCAACAAGUGUGCCAUGGCCAUUAAUGUUACACAACCAUACCAGCGUUCUCCUUCCUGAAGAGCAACAGCUCCUGCUCUUCGGAGGUGGUGGGAACUGCUUUUCCUUUGGCACUUACUUCAACCCCCAUACAGUGACACUGGACCUUUCUUCUUUAGGUCCUGAGCAGUAAACAUGAUGCUUGAUACAGACAAUAAAGGUUUCUACAAGUGGGA